CUGAAACUUCCUCCAGUGAGCUUUUGUAAGAUGGCAGGGUUGGCUAGGGAAGAAGAGAUAGAAUCAUUCCGAAUAGAAUUAGCAGAGAUUGGAAGAAGCAUCCGAUCAUCAUUUCGAAGUUUUCAAAGCAAUCCAAGAACAAGUUCUGUGAGAGAUGAUGAUCCUGAUUAUCAUGCUGAUGAAGAUGCUGUUGAUGCUGAUGUUAUUGAUGAGUUUAUUAGUUCAAAGUGGGCUGAGAUUGAGAGAAUACCCACUUUUGAACGGUUGAAGUUUUCGGUUUUUGAUGAUUUUGAUGAUGAUGAUCAAAAAGAAAGCAAAGACAGGAAAAGGAAACGAGUGGUCGAUGUUACCAAGCUUACAGCUCUAGAACGACAUUUGUUCAUUGGGAAUUUUAUCAAACACAUUGAGAACGACAACCUUCGGUUGUUACAGAAGCUUAGAGAUAGAAUAGACAAAGUUGGUGUGGCAGUGCCCUCCGUGGAAGUGAGAUAUAAAAAUCUAUAUGUGCAAGCAGAGUGUGAGGUAGUUCAUGGCAAGCCUCUUACUACUUUAUGGAGCACUAUUAGAAGCAAGAUUUAUGCCUUUGCAAUGCUGUCUGGUUUAACGUCUCGAGUAACCAAGAUCAACAUCCUCAAAGACAUCAAUGGUGUAAUCAAGCCAGGGAGGAUGACACUGCUGCUUGGUCCUCCCAGUUCUGGAAAAACAACAUUGUUGUUAGCCCUUUCAGGAAAACUAAAUCAAUCUCUCAAGGUCACAGGGGAAAUCACCUACAAUGGUUAUAAGCUAGAAGAGUUUGUUCCACAAAAAACAUCUGCUUACAUAAGCCAAUUUGACCAGCACAUUGCUGAGAUGACUGUGAGGGAAACACUUGAUUUCUCUGCAUGUUGUCAAGGAGUUGGAAGUAGAGCAGAGAUUAUGAAGGAAGUUACUAGCAGGGAGAAGCAGGCAAGAAUUAUCCCAGAUCCAGAUGUAGAUACUUACAUGAAGGCAAUUUCAGUCAAAAGCACAGGGAAAACACUACAAACAGAUUAUAUCUUGAAGAUUCUUGGACUUGAUAUUUGUGCUGAUACACUGGUUGGAGAUGCCAUGAGAAGAGGUAUAUCUGGUGGUCAGAAGAAGAGAUUGACUACAGGGGAGAUGAUUGUGGGUCCAACAAAAGCUCUGUUCAUGGAUGAAAUAUCAAAUGGAUUAGAUAGUUCCACUACAUUUCAGAUUGUUUCUUGUCUUCAACACCUGGUGCAUCUGACAGAUGCAACAGCAUUAAUUUCGCUGCUUCAGCCGGCACCAGAGACCUAUGAUCUCUUUGAUGACAUUGUCUUGAUGGCAGAAGGAAAGAUUGUGUACCAUGGUCCAAAGAAUCAUAUUCUUGAAUUUUUUGAAGAUUGUGGGUUUAUGUGUCCGAAAAGAAAAGGUGCUGCAGACUUUCUUCAAGAGGUUAUCUCCAAAAAGGAUCAAGAACAAUAUUGGUGCCCCAAGGAAAAAUCAUACAGUUAUGUUUCUGUUGAUCAGUUCCGUGAGAAAUUUAAGGCUUUUCAUAUUGGGCAGAAGCUAGAAGAGGAGCUUUCAGAACCAUUUGACAGAUCUCAAAGCCAUAAAGAUGCUCUAUCGUUUAGCUUGUACUCUCUAAGUAAAUGGGAGAUCUUCAAAGCCUGCAUGAACAGAGAAUUCAUUCUUAUGAAGCGGAAUUCCUUCAUAUAUGUAUUCAAAGCAGUUCAGCUUGUCAUCAUUUCAUUCAUCACCAUGACUCUUUUUCUGCGAACUCAAAUGGGUAUCGAUGUAUUCCAUGCAAACUAUUACAUGGGUUCAUUAUUUCUUGGGAUUAUCAUGAUGCUUUCUGAUGGAUACCCAGAAUUGUCUAUGUCAGUUUCAAGGCUUGCCGUUUUCUACAAACAAAGAGAAUGUUGCUUUUACCCAGCUUGGUGUUAUGCUAUUCCAACAGCUAUUCUAAAGGUUCCACUUUCAGCGAUACAGUCCUUAGUUUGGACAACUUUAACUUACUAUGUCAUUGGAUACAGUCCCGAGUUUCAAAGGUUUCUUUGCCAAUUGAUUCUACUUUUUUCUGUGCAUCAAACAACAAUAUCCAUGUUCCGAUUUAUUGCCUCAGUUGCCCAAACUGCACUUGCUGCCAAUGCAGGAGGACUUAUGGCUUGGUUAUUCCUCUUUCUAUUUAGUGGCUUUAUAAUCCCAAAAUCCUCAAUGCCGCCUUGGUUGAAGUGGGCAUUUUGGGUUUCUCCAUUGACAUAUGGGGAGAUAGGCAUUACUGUGAAUGAAUUUCUCGCUCCUCGAUGGCAAAAGACGUCCACAAACAGUACUGUUGGGAACCAAAUACUUGAAAGCCAUGGGUUGAACUAUGCUAGCUACUAUUAUUGGAUAUCACUUGGUGCCUUAUUUGCUUAUACGAUUCUUUUUAAUGUCGGAUUUGUACUGGCCGUAACUUUUUUGAAGCCUCCUGGGAUGUCUCGUGCUAUUAUUUCUCAUGAGAAGGUCUCCCAAUUACAAGGGAAGGAUGAAUACAAUGAUGGUCAUGUUGAGAAGAGGCUUAGUACUGCUCAUCAAAAAAUCGUUGCAGAACCUAUGAAAGGACGGAUGGUCUUACCUUUUGAACCCCUAACAAUAACUUUCCAGGAUCUUCAGUACUACCUUGACGUUCCUUUGGAAGUGAGAGAACAGGGCAUCACAAAGAGAAAGCUGCAACUUCUUCACGAUAUUACUGGUGCAUUUAGGCCUGGCGUCCUUACAGCAUUGAUGGGUGUUAGUGGAGCUGGGAAAACCACUCUUUUAGAUGUUCUUUCUGGAAGAAAAACAAGUGGUACAAUUGAGGGAGAAAUAAGGAUUAGUGGAUAUCCCAAAGUUCAAGAGACAUUUGCAAGGAUAUCAGGUUACUGUGAACAAAGUGACAUACAUUCUCCACAGAUUACUGUGGAAGAGUCUGUGAUGUAUUCUGCUUGGCUGCGGCUCUCACCUGAAAUUGAUUCAAAUACAAAAGCUGAAUUUAUCAACGAAGUCCUUGAAACAAUUGAGCUUGAUGAAAUUAAAGAUAAAUUGGUUGGCAUGCCUGGAGUUAGUGGUCUAACUACUGAGCAACGCAAACGUCUCACAAUAGCUGUCGAGCUUGUUGCAAACCCAUCUAUUAUUUUUAUGGAUGAACCCACAUCAGGUCUAGAUGCAAGAGCAGCUGCAAUUGUCAUGCGGGUAGUGAAGAAUGUGGUUGAUACAGGACGGACAAUUGUUUGCACUAUCCACCAGCCAAGCAUCGAAAUAUUUGAGGCUUUUGAUGAGUUGAUUUUAUUGAAAACUGGAGGACAGAUGAUCUACUCUGGACCACUUGGUCAGCAUUCAAGUAGGAUUAUUGAAUAUUUUGAGGGUAUCUCUCGGGUUCAGAAGAUGAAGGACAACUAUAAUCCAGCCACAUGGAUAUUAGAGGUUACAUCUACAGAAGUAGCAGCAGAGUUUGGUGUUGAUUUUGCCCAAAUUUAUAGAGAGUCUACUUUGUACAAGGAAAACAAAGAACUGGUUAAGCAAUUAUGUAUUCCACUUCCCGGUUCAAAGAAUUUGCAUUUUUCUACUCGUUUUCCACAGAAUGGUUGGGGCCAGUUCAAAGCAUGCUUGUGGAAACAAAAUUUGUUAUAUUGGAGAAGUCCAGAUUACAAUUUAAAGCGCUUCAUGUUUACAUUUAUGUCAUCUUUGGUGUUCGGAGUAGUAUUUUGGAAGCAAGGAAAGAAGAUAGAUAACCAACAAGACCUGUUCAAUGUAUUUGGUUCAAUGUUUACUGGUAUUCUUUUCUUGGCUGUAAACAAUUGCUCAUCAGUCCAACCAUUUGUUGCAAUAGAGCGCACUGUGUUGUAUAGGGAAAGAUUUGCCGGAAUGUACUCCUCAUGGGGGUAUUCAUUUGCACAGGUGGUAAUUGAGCUUCCCUAUUUGUUUGCUCAAUCUCUUAUUUAUCUCAUUAUCUCAUAUCCUAUGAUUGGGUAUGGACUAUCAGCGUAUAAGAUAUUUUGGUACCUCUAUACUACUUUCAGCACAAUUCUUUUCUUCAAUUACCUUGGGAUGCUGCUUGUGGCUUCCACACCAAAUAUUCAGGUUGCUGCCAUAUCAUCCUCUGCUUUCUAUGUAUUGAUGAAUAUAUUUUCUGGAUUCCUGAUACCAAAACCGCAAAUUCCCAAGUGGUGGUUGUGGUUGUAUUAUUUGACCCCUACAUCCUGGACACUAAAUGGUCUCCUCACUUCACAAUAUGGAAAUGUAAACAAGGAGAUAAUGGUGUUUGGUGAAACUGAAACACUAUCAUACUUUAUAAGAGAUUACUUCGGGUUUCGCCAUGACCAGUUAUAUGUUGUGGCCAUUUUUCUUAUUGCCUUCCCUCUUGCCACUGCACUUCUUUUUGCAAUUUGUAUCGGUAAGCUAAACUUCCAAAGGAGGUAGAUGUCAUAAAGUUGUAUUACCUUU